GUGGGAGGCAAGCUUUGUGUGGAGAAACAGAAUGAACGGGCUGUUAUUUUAGGCUAGGGCAUUAAUUCGCUUGUUUAAUAUUCCCUUCCAUACACAUAUAAAGUGAUAUUUCCCGGCUUUCGCUACUGAGAAAAGGUUUACAUCUCUAUGGCAACAUCGACAUAUCAAAUUAUCAUCACCUCCGCAAGGAAAUAACGGGCAGGGCUGCUGCUGCUGCUACUGGUACUGCUAUAUUUAUUUAUUUUCCCUCAUGCGUCCUGCAACGUUGUGGGAAACGCGAUCGAGCCAGGCAGAGAUAGCACUAUAUGAUGGAUUAAUGGUCGUGUGAGCUGCAUAUGAAAGAAAGGCUUCCAAUGCUGAAUAUGUCCACUCCCAGUGACCUCAAGUCUCCUUGCGUGACGCGGAACGGCAUGGUCAAGCUGCCCCCCCAGCCCAACCGCCUCGGUUCGGCCAGCAUCACUAAAGGCACUCCAGCUGCCAAGAAUCGCCUGUGCCAGUCAUCCUCCGUGCCCACCAUCUUGCCUCCGCCUAGCCUCCCAUAUCACCUGGAUCCCUUGCCCACAGCAGCCUCGCUGCUUGGCCCAGACCUAGACACGAGCCCUGUGACUGCGAUCAAACCCCCUCUCCGGCAAUUCCCCAAACCCCUACUGGAGAGACAACUGGUACUGGACGAGAAGGUGCUAAACCGGCUCUUAUGGUACUUCACCACAGCAGAAAAGUGUAUUCUAGCCCAGGUGUGCAAGACAUGGCGAAAAGUGCUCUACCAGCCCAAGUUCUGGGAGGGGGUGACGCCAAUCCUCCAUGCCAAGGAACUCUACACUAUCCUGCCCAAUGGGGAGAAGGAGUUUGUUAGCCUGCAGGCGUUUGCACUCAGAGGCUUCCAGGCCUUCUGUCUGGUGGGGGUCUCGGAUUUGGACAUUUGUGAGUUCAUCGACAACUAUCCGCUGUCAAAGAAGGGAGUGAAGUCUGUCAGCCUUAAGAGGUCGACCAUAACGGAUGCAGGACUUGAGGUGAUGCUGGAGCAGAUGCAGGGCCUGAUGCACCUUGAACUCUCCGGGUGCAAUGACUUCACGGAAGCCGGCCUGUGGUCCAGCCUGAACGCGCGGCUUACCUCGCUCAGCGUCAGCGACUGCAUUAACGUGGCAGACGACGCCAUUGCUGCCAUUUCUCAGCUCCUUCCCAACCUAUCAGAGCUCAGCCUGCAGGCCUACCAUGUGACCGACACAGCCAUGGCCUACUUCACCGCCAAGCAAGGCUACACCACCCACACGUUGCGUCUGAACUCCUGCUGGGAGAUCACUAACCAUGGCGUAGUCAACAUGGUGCACAGCCUGCCCAACCUCACCUCCCUAAGCCUGUCCGGGUGCUCGAAGAUCACAGACGAUGGUGUGGAAUUGGUUGCCGAGAAUCUAAGGAAGCUCCGGAGUCUGGAUCUGUCCUGGUGUCCUCGCAUCACCGACAUGGCCCUGGAGUACAUCGCAUGCGACCUGCACAAGCUGGAGGAGCUGGUUCUGGACCGGUGUGUGCGGAUCACAGAUACUGGCUUGGGCUACUUGUCUACCAUGUCAACACUGAGAAGUCUCUACCUACGCUGGUGCUGUCAAGUGCAAGACUUUGGGUUACAGCAUUUAUAUGGCAUGAGGAGUCUUCGUCUUCUUUCUCUAGCAGGCUGCCCUCUGCUGACUACUACUGGUCUAUCAGGCUUGAUUCAACUGCAGGACCUGGAGGAGCUGGAACUGACCAACUGCCCGGGCGCCACCGCCGAACUCUUCAAAUACUACUCCCAACAUCUGCCACGCUGCAUGGUCAUCGAGUAGAGCGGAAUGAGUUUUUUGGGCACCAGCACCCACCAUAUCACCAAAACCUCCUCCUUCAGACUGAUGAUAAACCCUACUUCAUCCUGGACCCACAGGGAGAGAAAUAGAGAAAUUGAAAGGACGGGUUUUUUGAGGUUUUUUUUUUUUCCGGAAGGAUGAAAAUUGAAAGGUGGAAGAUAAAAAGGGAAAUCUGAGAGAAAAAAUUAUGUCGGAACGGGUCUGGACUGGCAAUAGAGAGGGAAAAUGUUCAAAGCGCAGUGGGUCAGAGGCUAGAUCUUUCAUUAAAUAACAUGACACAUGAGUCAGCCCCCACACAUACAUGAAACAUGUUCCUCCACUGAACUGUGAGACUAGCUUCCGUGUCUCAUCCAAAAACUGUUUAUCUUGAAGUGACAAAGGUGCGCGCUGCCUGUUUGAGCUGUCUCUCAUAUCCAGGGAAAGAUUAAGAGGACGUUUAAAAAAAGGAAAGAGGUUAAGGAGCCACUGCAACAGGGUCUCUUCGCUUUCGUCAAGCGGCAUCUGGGUUUCUCGCUCCAUUCAGUGGUGCUGCCACUCCAUCUUUGUGUCUUAUCAAAGAAAGAAAAAAAACUAGAGAUGAACAGCUACGUAGAUUUUCACAUCAACGCUACUUGCUUUUUUUGGUCAUGCGGUUCUCUUUGGUCGUUUUAAUUUUUAAAUAUUAUUUUUUUAAGUAUUAUUUUUGAUGAUAAGGAUUACUGUGAAACAUUUAUUGGUACGAGUUCGAGGUUUCAGACACUUUGAAUAAGAUGGAAAUCCAGGUACGGUGAAGGUACAGUAUUAAAAAGGUACUGUCCUUUGAAAGGAACCAGCAUAAUCAGAAGUCAGGAGGUUAUUUUUCUUCUCAGCAGAUCGCUCUUUUGAAGACAUUUCCAGAUAUUUUGAGUCGGGCUGCGGAUGGGAUCGGAACUGCUCAUACAUUUUAAUGUGGUUCAAAUGGACAGUGGUUUGUACAAACAAUAGCUUGGCUUUUUCACCUGCCUGUUUUUGUUUUAAUUCCAUUUUGAUGUCAAUUGAUAUUAGUGGCUUAUGUGCAGGUUUCCAUAUUAAUCCUGAUUCAAAUGAAGAUGAGAUCUCGGAAUGAUCCCAUAAUGCAGCAGGGGCCACACGAUGGCCUUUUUUAUUCACAGACUGAAACUGCACGUCAUUGCUUACUUGUCACCAGGCCAAACCAUUACAGCAUGGCAAUUCUACCAUAGUUUCUUACAUUACGGGCUCAGUGUCUCUUUCCGCCCGAGUGCUUUUAAAUACAUCUGAUGAAUACAGUUUACAGUGAUUUGCAUCAAAUGCAGAGGCAGGCCAGUGUAAUUAAAGUCAUCACAAGCAUCCCACACAAGCUUAUUGCAGUAGUCUCUCUUCAUCUAGCAGUUUUUACUUUCCCAUUAAGCAAUACCCAUAUGUCUUCUUUUAGAUUAGUAGCGCCUCUUUUCAUUUUCAGAGGUGCGGGGUUCUUCGACCUCAUAUUUGAGCUUAACUGGUGUGCCUACCUCAUUGUAUCAUGGGGUAUGUGGAAUACAGGUUCGCAGGGGAAUUCACAGAAACCAGCCAUUUAAUUUAUUUAUUUGUUUAUCCGCUUCAUAGCUUAUUUUGAACCCUGCAUUUGUCCUCUCAGGAGAAUUAUGUGCUGCUCAGAUCAUCUCAGAUGGGUCUGCUGUGAUGUUAAUUACCUUAAUGUUCACCUAUUUCACCUAAUCUCAAACUUAACACUUGCAAUCUGGCAAAAAAUAUGGCACAGUACACAUUUUAGAGUAUUAGAUGGGCAGAUAAUUGAAAUUAAAGCAUCCCUAACAAGUCUAACAAGUAAAAAUGUGUUUACAUCUGAGCUUUAUGAUCAUUUGUUAACAAAUUUGGGAGUAAUUUGCUAUUUUUUCUCUCUUCAGAAAAAAUGUGGGUAUGAAUUUUAAGAUGAAUUGACUUGACAUGACACAUUAAAACAGUGAGUUUGGCUAGUUAGCGCCCCUGUUGGUUGAUGAAUGAACUGAAUGCAAAAAAAAACAAAACAUAUUUAUACAUUGACAGCCUAAUUUUUUUAUGAAAUGAAUAUUAAAAUAAAUAUUUAUAAAGGGCAGAGGACCAUCAUGGCUUCUACAAAGAACCUUUUAGUUACCAUUUGUCAGUAAAGAUGCUUACUUUUUAAGAACUCACUGUUGAGCCAUUGUAUAUCCCUUUAGCUCAAAGAUAAAGCUAAUCUCACUCCAAAAAAGUGUGGAACAAAACAGGUGGAUUCUAUGCUAAGGUAAUUCCAGCAUCACGAAGUGGACACUACCCUUUCCCACCCUAAAUCCUACAGGCUGUAAAGAUAACAGAUUAUAUCUACUAAAAGACACAUUAGCAUAAUCAUUAGCACUCACCUCAGACAGUCGAUCUCUCUUCAUGUACAUAGCGGCCUGUUUAAUGGGAAGGUCAUAGCUAAUCAGCGUUAGCGGCUGCUGCUGCUUAUCCAGACGAGAUCCCUUGAGACUUUAACUGAAUUUAUCUUUUCGAGUUGUUGCAUAUUUAUUUGCUUUAGCUUAUCAUUGGUAGUGGGUUAAUUUAUUGACACGAUGCACAUAUUUAUUUAUUUAUAAAAUCUCUGAGGAUUAUGUGAGGCUGUUUUUAUUUAGAGUAGGAAUAUUUUUGGGCAAUUUAGGAGACAGGAAAUAAUGCAGGAAUUUGGGAUUUUGUCAGAUGGAUAGUUUUGGGUUUGACAGUUAAUUCUAACAUGUUUUUGGCGGGCAAAAUGUUGACACAGUAUGGACGGGCAAUAACUGGUUGACAGCCUAUCUGACAGUGAGUUGACCUACCUUUUAUACCCUCCAGCUGCCCAUUUUCUUGUGUUUAGUGACCUAGUUAAAUCUAUUUGCUUAAUCAAAUGGAUGCCAGUUGAGAGACGCUAUUAUAAAGCCUAGAAAUAUUGAUUAUCUCCAGAAGAGGAUGUUGAAUAGCACCAGUUCAUAUAACUGUACCUGCAUUUGGUUGUUUUGAGGUAUCCUGAUAACGGUUUGAAGACAUAUUGCAGUAUUUACACUCUCCAAUUGUCUAUUUAAGGAUGAGAAUGGCAUUUAUUUAAUAGCGAAGGUCUGAAGGAAAAUCCCAUCAAAGCGCCUUUUCGUUCCGUGUGUCUCCAUUGAUAACAUAAACAGAACCAUUUGAGAUGAAUGAAAUAAAGAGAGAUUAUUAAUAUAUCACUGAGACAUUUCAUAGUAUUUGAGGACAAUUAUAUUAAGCUGUCGGAGAUAUUGUAUUAAUCUUGUAUAAAUACUAUCGUUUUCAAUUCAAA